AUGACAGACGUGUUUAGAGACCUGGACCUCUUCGACUGUGGCGAAGCUGUUCGCCUGUUGGAGAGUGUAGUUUGUGAUGAAGCUGAGUUUGAAUCUAGCAACGAUUUGGAGCUUAGUGACGCCUUUAACGCUGCGUUGCAGACGCUGAGGAGCGCCCCGGCGAUUCGAGCAGCGGGGCCUACGAUCUAUGGAAUUGUGCAAGACUGGCUGGGUGUUGAUGACGAUGGUUUUAUUACGGCUCUCGAACCCAUACUAGAUAGAUUAUGUACAGACAUGGCGGGAGCGUUGGACCGUUUCACAACCGCCAUCAUCGACGGCGUGAUCGUCGACGGCGCCCCGUCGGGGAGGGACUCAACUCAAAGUAGCGUCUCAAUGAUUGCUUGGACCACGGAGAAAUACUCGAUUUCAUUCAUCAAUGGCCUCUUGUUCUGCAUCCUCUGCCUGCUGGAUAUAUACGGAUGGUGUAAGAAACCUGCCAGCACCUUAUAUUGGCAUUGGAUAUCCUUGCUGCUGGCGGAGAGCUUUGUCAAUCCGUCGUCCGCCUCCGACAACAUCUUGCGGAAACUUACCAGUCAACCAAUCACGAGCUUGGUACUACCCUUAAAAAGACGGCCGGCAAUCGCCAGUGGGGAAGCCACGGAGACAAUGGAUGUCGAAGAUCUAUCGUUGCAAGUUUUAAGCGAACUCAUCAAGAACCCCUUUGUUAACGGGGGAUACAUGACGCUUGAAUGUGGUACAGAAUUGUAUAGACGAGUCUUGAGUACGCUAGUCGUUGAAUUUGACAAUCGAUCUCAACUUAUCAGUCGAGGCACAGAAUUAAUUGCAAACACGUGUGCGACAGCGCAAACAAUUUCUUUCCAGGCUUCGGGGUCUCAGAACGGUGCGCUGGCCUGUGGAAUUCCGUCUAGUAAAUGGUUCAGCCAAAUUUCACCGUCCUUGAAGACAACGGCGGCUCCUUCUAUCAUCUUGGCUCAUAUGGUUUUGAAGACUUUACUGCCAUUUUCAGUACAGUACAGCUCUGUGGCGACGAACACGCCCAAAGAGGUUCUGUCGAAGCAGACAGUGGCUGGACAUUUGCUAAGGACUUUUGCAGCUUCUAUUCCUGCGCUAUUUAGUGGAUCCGACGUGCUGAAGCGGUAUUUCCGAUUGCCACCUCCUGUCCGAGGGAAGGGAGCUCGACGUAAUGGGAGACUAGAGGGAUCUGAAGGCUGCAGCGACGAGGAGAUGGAGGUCUCUCAGGCGUCGGCUGGGGAGGAGCCACCAUCAGCAUCGUUGGGGAAAGCCAAAAGGGCGCGAGACUCGAAUCGCGACUUGAACCGUGAUCUUUUUGCUGAGCCGGCAUCUCCAUGGCUAGCCUUCAUUUGCAUGGCCUUGUGCAUGUUACCUGACCGCCGAGAUGUUCGAGAUCGGUUUGUGACCGUUGUAGUGGAAUGCAUUAGAGAUCAUGACGAAUUCGCUGUUGCUCUAAUUGACGUUUUGAUGCAGAUUGGUUCAGGCCAUGACAGGGGAUCUAUUCGUUUAUCCGCCUCAGAGCUGAGUGUGGCGGUGGCUUUAGAUCAUCCCGGUAUGGACAUCGAGCCAGUAAUCAAUUCGAUUGUGCUACGUUGUUCGGACCAGCAGUCGACAGUUCGAGCCAGGGCAGUAGAGCUGUUGGGUCAGGCGUUGACUGAACUGAAUCGCCGCCAGAUAACCAGCGUUCAUCGGGCGAGUAAUGUUCCAGCGACAACCAUUACUCCUCCCGGGUCACCCACAUGUUCAAGGCCAUGGUGCGGUUCUGAGAGCGGGUCUGCGUUACUGACAAAGUGGUUGCCCCGGAUAACUGCGAUUUUGCAUAGCCGGAUUCUGGACGAAAAGAGCAUAGUUCGAAAAAGCUGUGCCAGUCUGAUAGAGAGCUUGUUUGUAACGCUUGAAGCGAAUGUUCUGAAAGUACUGUCUCCUGACGUUUUGGAGAUUUUGUGUGAUGACAUUACGAUUACGGUACGCCAGAAAUUUAGUGGUUUGGUAUCCAGCCUUUAUUGCGACCUGGCUUGGCUUCGUGGCAGCCUGGGUCGUCCUGGGGAGGUGGAUCUUGAUCGCGGUAGUGCGGAUGCGGUUCUCGGCGUCUUACUCAACCAAAUGUUCCGUCUGUCGUCCGACGCCGAAGAAGUCGUGUGCAACAAGGUAUUGGACACAAUUGAGAGUCAUAUGUUGGCUGAGCAAGUCGAGGCAGUGGAGGCGAGAGAGCUAACAUCGAUUAACUACUUGGUCGUACUGAAUGAAGAACUUGCAGACCGCUACAUGCGCGCAGUGGGACGCUUAAUCGAACGCGGAGCUACCACUGGAAGCCCCACUACAGUUGUACCCGCCUUGAUGAAGAGCUUGUGCCAGGGAAUUGUAGCCAGGAUCGCAGACGAAGGGGAACGACGGGAACAACGGACUAUAAAAAGGUCUGGAACUGGGAGGCGUUUGAGACUGCGCCCCUCGGAACAACAUAAUGAAAAUGAGAGUCGCGAAUUGAGAGAGAACUCGAGAGAGGAUUCGAUGGAGGAUUCGAGAGGUGAAACGAAAUCAGCUGAUAGAACCAGCGUCUCUGCCAGGGAUAGAAGCUGGGAUAAAAGCCGGGAUCGAAGCGGGGAGCGAAGCGGGGAGCGAAGUUGUGAAAGAAGUAGAGGCAGAGAGAGAGGUAAAGAGGCUCCCGAGGCAGAUGAUUGCCACUGGAUGUGCUCUUUGUUAUGCAAUCUAGCUAUCGCCGCAAGCAGCACUACAAGCGGCAAAAAAAUCAUACAAGGUCUGUCCAAAGACUGCUUAAUGUUGUGCUUGUCUUUAUUCGAGUCUAUAAUUAAUCACAAUAACUUGGGCAACAGCCGAUCAUUGGAGCACACGCGUGUGCGUCUGGAACUGUUAAUUAUUUUCGCGGACUCAAUCGACCCGAAAAAUCGUUCCCUUAUUUAUGAGAGCCUAGAGUCGGUAUUGUACAAUUAUCUUUGCCAUCCUUGCUUAUUCCCAAAGAUUGCGACUCUCUGUGAGGUGUUAGUGAGAAGCAUUGAAGAUAAUUCGUCGGGGGCUUCGGCCAAGAGUGGUCGGCGCACCGAGGAUAAGGCAUGCGAAUUUUUGAUGCGUCUCUUGAGUAAUAGCAAGAGGACCCUGAGUAAUCUGAGUUCCAAUGAGCCAUGUGCAUUGGAACAUAUUGCAAACGCGUGCGUAGCAUGUGGUUACGUGUGCAUGGCGGCUCAGAAUCUGAACGUGGCCAAGCUAAACAAAUUUAUAGCGACGAUGGAUAAGGCAUUGGUGGUAACGUUAUUGGGAUUGGCUGGAAAUAAUAUUCUGGAUCGUACAACACCGGAAUGGUUAAGAUGUAUAUGUAUAACGUCCGUAUCCCAGAUAUUACUAAGUCAUGAGGGUUUGGCAAAAAGGUUCAUGUCCAGACUUGUUGAACUUGGUAUUGAGAAUGGUACGAUAAAUCUGGUGUAUGGAUGUUUCGACCUGACGAUAGGAAUGACAUCGGUAAUGGAUCCGUAUUUAACGUUGUUAACAUCUACCUUAUCAUCGUCGGCGGGAGGAAUUGUUUCGACUCUUGUUUCAGUCCCGAGUCUUGUUUCAGUUUCGAAUUUAGUUCCUACCUCGGGUCUUGCUCCGGUCACUCAGAUGCCACCUGUAGAGGAUUAUUCGGGAGAAUUAAGGUUCACGACGUUGCAGUUGAUUGCCCAGUUAAUCGCCCAGGACUACAUCAAAUGUAAGGGUCUGGUGGUACAUCAUCUUUUGUUCGCGUUGGGAGAUCCGUGUCCGCAGGUGAGUGGGUUGGCGCUUGAUCUGACACAGACGAUUUUGUUGCCGCGUGUUCGAGACUUGCUGCUAGUUUACUUUGUGGAAACCGUCUGCUUUAUGACGGGGUACUAUACACAUCCUAAGGAAGAGAUAAAGCCUUUUGACUCGAUCCAUCCGUUGCAGAGGGAUGUCUUAUCCGUGGCGAAAAUGAGGGAGGUGAAUAUUUCUCGGUUCGUAUGCGGCCGACCAAGACGCAUGAUCGUGUACGCUAGUCUCCUGGCUCUAUCCCAGGAGCAGUCCAAACACCUUUUGACCAGCAAAUGUGUGCAAGACUUUAUCCAACCUCUCAUCGACCAGGGCCACGACUCACUGCCCGCAGACGACGAAUCCACGCCCUGCGGCCAGGCCCUCAGCGACAUACUCGCUGUACUCGCUUCCUCCGACAUGAAACUCAUUUUCCGAGCCGCACCCCUUCUCGGCACGGAAGACAAUGACGCUGCAACAGAAGCCUCUAAAACUAAAUAUGAGAAACAACUCAUGAUCGGAUACAUGACACAGACCGUGGUACCCGUCCUAGCCAACCUCUAUAAGGCUCUGCGCCACAAGAACAGCGCCCUACAAAAAAAUGUUGUCUCCACACUCGCCGACCUACUUGCAGAAUUCCAUUCAGAACUCGAUGACAUCGUCGAAGACAAAGGACUCCGACGCAUACUCCAACGCAAACUCGAUUCUACUCAAACAGUCGACGAAAACAACCCCCAAGUCUUCGACCCCAUCAAGGCUUCUAGAAGAAGACGGCUUAAAAUGAACCUCGUCCCCGAAGAUGGAAGCUUCUCGGCUGCAAGGUAA